ACCUAAGCUCCCACGAUGGCGUCACACGCGAACAAAUAUCUUUCGAUUAAGUUGGUACGAUUUUUCAUGAAGCUAGUUGGCAUUUGGGUGCCAAAAGAUAAUAAUGAACAAUGGAUAAUGAACUGUGCGUUGUCAUACACGAUACUAGUCAUACUUCUUGCAGUGGCUAUAGAAGGAUUCGAUAUUUAUUAUUGUUGGGGAAAUUUUUAUGCUACGACCUACACAGCGUGCGCUACUAUGCCAGUGAUUAUUGUAUUAGCCAAAAUAUUUUUCCUUUUGCUACGACGUAAACUCGUGAUGGAGCUAAUUGAAUUUACUGAGACAAAAUUUUGGCAGGGAGAUUAUGAUUCUUAUGGGAUGAGUGUACUGGAUGAUAUUGAUAGAAAAGGUGUUCUGCUGAUGUGCACGUUUAUAUUUUUUGUCCAAGGAACCGUCAUUGGUUACGUGCUAACACCAAUAAUUGAGAAUAUUGGAAAAAAUGAAUCAGACAGAGUCCUACCUGUCACGCUAUGGAUAAAUAUACCGGUAACAACAACGCCUUAUUUUGAAAUUUGUUUUGUCAUGGAGAGUCUAACAAUCGUUCAUAUCGGAAUUUGUUUCUUUUGCUUUGAUAUCUUUCUCUGCAUACUUAACAUACACGCUGCUGGCCAAUUCAAAAUGUUACAACACAGAUUCGCACUAGUCUACGACGGAGAUAACAAGCAGGAAAUGCCAAUCACAGAUAAAUUACACUUCAUGAAAGAUUCCGAGGAAAUUUAUAUAAAAUUCAAAGACUGUGUAAAGCAUCACAAGAUUCUCAUCGAUUACACAGAAAAAGUGCAGAGUGUCUUUACCUUCAUUAUACUAUGUCAAAUUUUAAUAUCAAGUCUAAUGAUGACCAUGGCAGGAUUUCAAGCACUUCUCACUCAUGGUUCCAUAAUCAGACGUCUUAUAUUUAUCGCCCACACUUCGGGUUGCUUCGCCCAAUUGCUGUUAUUCACGUCAACGUGCCACGAGAUCAUCAUUGAAAGUGGUGGUAUUGCCGAUGCUGCUUACAACGCUAAUUGGGCAAAUACCCCUUACGAUGACGUCGGAAGGAGCUUGCGAAUUGGUUUGCAGCUGGUAAUGAUAAGAGCCAGUCGUCCGUGUCAUUUAAGUGCCGGAGGCUUCUGUCACGUGUCCCUCGACACAUUCACUGCUGUAUUGAGUACAGCAGCGUCAUACUUCACUCUGCUACGACAAAUCGGUGCCGAAACUGUAAUGGAUACAUGAAGUGUUACUGAUACCAGACAUGGGAAUAUAACAAAUAUUUUGUUCUGAUUACAAAAACGAAUUACAUUGACUCCCCAAUUCUAUUAUUACCUAUGCUCAUAUGAAUGAACAAGGACAGCUAAUUCGAUUCAACAAUACAAAUAAUUUCUAAUGAUAA